GUGAAGGCACACCGGUGGAGAAACCCUGAUCCCCAAAUCGACCAUGUUCAUGGUCAGAUUGAAAUUGGCACUGAUCUCGCGUAGUUUCAGUACGGUGGCGAAUCAUAGAAGAGUUCCGUCAAGGUACAAGUCUUUGGCCAUCGGACAAGCUCAGCAAGCCAUCACAGACUAUCUCCACACCAUCAGGUCACUCUCGUACACUUACGCCGAACACAUCGCCACAAACGCCUCGGCUUCGACCCGAAAUCUCAUACUGAAGCUUGAUUUCUCUGUCGCGACCUUCUCCAAAUCGAUUCGGAAGCAUCUCAGGUAUCAUCCUAUUAACGAGUUCGAGUUCUUCUUCGAGAGCAUCGGCAUAGAUUACAGCGAGGUUGGUGAGUAUUUGCCUGAGAAGAAAUUCUUCUUCUCUGAGGAUCGGAGUGUGUUGGAUGCAGCUUGUGCGUUAUCUGGAUUCGGGUUUCCUUGGAACAAGCUGGGUAAGUUGUAUAAAGAGGAAAGGUUGGUUUUUUUGCUGAGCCCUGAAAAGAUUGAAUCCAGGUUGCUUGAGUUGAAAGAUGUGGGAUUCACUACGGUCGCCGUUAUUGGUAUUUGUUUAGCGAUUCCUCGCACUCUGUGUGGCAAUGGUGAAUUGGGUGCGGAGAUCCGUUGUUUGUUGGUUAAGCUGAAGACACUUUUUGAAGAGUUUGAUUCACAGCAUCCAUUUGAAGAAAAUGUGGAUUCUUGGUACGUUUUUAGCAGGAAAGUUAGGGUCUUUUACGAGAUGGGUUUUGGGAAUGAAGAGAUGUGGGAGUUGUUGGGUAGAAACAGAUCACUUUUUAUGGAGUGCUCUGAAGAAGCUCUGGUGAAAAAGACGGAAUUUUUUUGUAGAUUUGGUGUUGGGAAAGAAGAUGCUGCUCUUUUGAUUCUUAGAAAUCCCGAUAUUAUGAGUUUUGAUCUGGAGAAACCGGUGAUCUCAGUCAGGGGAAUGCUUAAGCAUUUUGGAAUGAGCCAGGAUGAAGUUGAUGUUGUUGCUCAGAAAUACCCGUACGUUUUGGGUAGAAACAAAAUGAAGAAUCUGCCUCAUGUGCUUAGAGCAUUAGAUCUACAUGACAGGAUCUUCGAUAGGUUAAAGAACGAGGCCCAUCAUUUACUCGCUAGCUAUUCGUUGAUGGAUCCUGACGAAGAUGUAGACAUAGAAUAUCACGAAGGCGUGGAGAAGCUUCAACGCUCAAGGUACAAAACACACAAUGUUCAGAAAUUGGAUUUCUUUCAUCAAAUAGGUUUUGGGGAAAACGGUAUGACCACGAAGAUACUACAACAUGUGCAUGGUAGCGCCAUGGAACUACAGGAGAGAUUCCAAAUCCUACUAAACAAUGGCAUCGAUUUCUCAAAGGUAUGCAUGUUGAUAAGAUCAGCACCAAAGAGCUUGAACCAACAACCGCAUAGCAUACAAGAUAAGAUAAGGUUCCUUUGUGACGAAAUGGGAUAUUCGUUGGAAAAACUAGAGAUUUUUCCAGCUUAUCUCUGUUUUGACCUGGAGAACAGAAUCAGUCCAAGGUUGAGAUUUCAUAAAUGGCUCGUAGACAAAGGGUUAAGCGAGAAAAGCUAUUCAAUCGCAAGCAUUGUAGCUACCAGCGAAAAGGCCUUCAUAGCUCGUCUAUAUGGGAUUCAUCCAGCAAUCCCUAAACAUUGGUUCGAACGUUUCUCCUGCAGAAAAACCAGAUACACAAGAAAAACCGUGUAUUAAUAUAAAUAUUGUAUUAAAAUUUAGAUAAAAUUGGUGGGUCUAAUUGUUAUUGCCCUGAUUAAUUGUCCCGUAUGUAUCAAAAUUGAUUUCUACGUCUCUUUCUAUUUCUAUUUUUUUUUU